CUCUACUCCUAUCCGAAAUCUGAAUCAAAAGAAGAAAAAGCAACAGCAUGGGUUACUGGUCUGCUGAGAAUGCUACUAAUGCAUACCUCAAGACUCUGAGAAUGGGUCAAAAGGCAAACGAGCCAGAUGAAGCUGAAUUCAUUUCAGCAUUAGCCGCUGGUAACAAUGCACAACUAAUGGUUGUAGCAUGUGCCAAUGCUGCCACCACAACCACAGUGGCCCUAGUGGCUGCAGCCCAUCAAACUGGUGGCCGUGUAGUUUGCAUCCUUCCUGGUCAUCAAGAAUUACAACUAUCUAAAAAAAUCCUAGGUUGUGAUGCCUGUCAUGUUGAGUUCGUUAUUGGAGAAGCUCGAAGUCUAUUAUUAAGCCAUUAUAGUGAAGCGGAUUUUGUGCUUAUUGAUUGUAACCUUGAGAAUCAUGAUGGUAUUCUUGGCGCAGUACGAGCAGGCAGGAAAAGAAACGGAGCUGUUAUAGUGGGGUAUAAUGCAUUUAGCAAGAGAUCAUGGCGAUCUGGUGGGUCAAAAACACAGUUGUUGCCUAUUGGAGGAGGAUUACUGGUGACCAGAAUUCCUACAGAUGCCAAGAUUGCUGAUGGCUGUGGUUGCGGGAAGAGGAGCCAUUGGGUUGUCAAGGUAGAUAAAUGUACCGGCGAAGAGCAUGUUUUCAGGGUCAGAUUCCCACAAGGGAAACAAAUCGAAGCUUAAUUAGUUCUAAUUUAGAGAGUCAUCAAGAUGUAAAAUAUCAAAAUCAUAUUUCAAAUCUGGAAAAUAACCAGAUACAGCUAAA